AUGAACGGUGCAACUGAGACAGACGCCGUUGAAGACGAGCACUUGGCAAGCACCGUCCUUCCGCCAACUCCCAAGCACAAGCACCGAAGCCUCUCUGCUGGUCUUCUACAGCGAUUCAACUUCUUGUCACGUCCGGCACCUGUCGAACUGUCGACAUCAGCUCCUGCUGCAGUUGGCCUCCCAAUGCAAGCAGAAGAUGAAUCGACUCACCCAUCUCGUCCACUCAAGGCCCGCAAGCGCAAAGGUUCGCUGAGGAAAACGGCCUUGCUGGGGCCUGGUCGCGUCAAGCAAGACCCUCCUGCCACCGAAAUAUCCACCACUCCCACACCCGACAAAGACGCCCAGUCUGACCAUGCCGUCCGAUCCAUUGGCGAUGCUUUGCACCAUGCUUUGGCCAACAAGGACUUGCACCAACCUCGUCGUUUGUCUCUAGUCUCUGAGCAUUCGCCCAACUCGUCGCCGCCCUCGGUGCCUCCGCCGCCUGUGCAUCCAGACCUGGGCUCGCCCAUAAUCAGUCCCACGAGUCAGAGCUAUGCCUCGACUACUGACGAUGACGACCUUAGUAUGGCCGCCACUGUGACUCGUCCGUCUUCAUACUUUGAUCCUCGUCCUGUCCUUGAUGUAGUGCGCCGACGCUCAUCCCAGAAACAUGCCCCAUCCCCUCUCUCCGCCUUGCCAGUCCUGGUCGACAACGCAGACGAUGCCUACGACUAUGCAGAAACGGAGCGAUGGGGUUGGGUUGUGCUGGUCGUCACUUGGGUCGUCUUUGCUGUUGGUAUGGGAAGCUGUCUUGGUGUAUGGAGUUGGGCUUGGGAUGUUGGACAGACUCCAUAUGCGCCGCCUGAGCUUGAGGACGAUCCUACGCUACCCAUUGUCGGCUACUACCCUGCCUUGAUCAUCUUGACUGCAGUCAUGGCUUGGGUGUGGGUCGUGAUUGCCUGGGUGGGCAUGAAAUACUUCAAGCACGCAAAGAUACAAGGCGACGAUUGA